AUGUCAACAAACUCUGCACCAGAUGCUAAUCAAACUGUUGUACAAAAUGUUAUUCCACCUUUAAUGGCAUGCAAUAUUCCACCACCAACAGGACUCCAAACGACAUCUUCACCAGGAACUAUUACCGCUAUAGGUAGUCCAGAAUUUAGUAGUGCAACUGCCCAAGAGGUAAGAAACCAAUUUGAGAGGGAUUCUAGACAACAACCCCUAUUAGAAAAUGUAAAUUUAGAGGCCCCUAUUAAUAGUAAUGAUGGUCCAAGUUUAAGAGAGUACAUAACUGCCUCUGUUAGAAUAGCUCAAAACCAAGCUCUAAGAACAAUGGAAGAGAGAUUAGCAGUGAUGAUACCUCAAGUGGUCAGAAAUUCAAUUGAUUCCUUGAGAAAUUCGUCCUUCAAUACUCAAGAUCCGAAUAGGUACGAACAAGAACCAACGUUAAAUUCUCACUAUAUGCCAAAUAACUUCGAACAGAGACAGCAACAAACCAACAAUAAUAAUAGAGAACACUAUUCCCAGAACUUUAGUCAAAACUUUGCAAUUGGUUGUAAACCAAAGACACCACUACAAUUGCAAAAAUGGGGAUUAAAAUUUGAUGAAAGAUUAAAAGAGUACAAUAAGAAAAGGGCUGAAAUAUUCAAGGACUUUGUGCCUGAAGUCAGUAAAAGAGUUGCAAAAGCGAGAAAAGGAUAUAGUAAAAGAAAGACAGAAAGGAAAGUUAUUGCAUCAGCAUACCUUGAAGUCGAUAAUGACAUUAGGCCUUAUUUGAAAGUGAAACUUAAUGAAAUAGAAUUCACUGGUCUGAUGGACAGUGGAGCUUCCAUAAGUUGCCUAGGUAGCAAUUGCAUAGAAAAUGCUGAGAAAAUGAAUGCCCAGAUUUUUAAUUUUAAAUCCUGUCUAAGAACAGCAGACGGCAAGCAACAACAAAUUGUAGGAAAAAUUAAAUGUGAUGUAAAAUGUGGAAAUGAGGUUAGAAACUUGACAUUUUACUUAGUUCCUAGCUUGAAACAAAGUCUCAUUUUAGGGUACGAUUUUUGGCAAACAUUUAAUAUAAAAAUAUCGUUUGAACCAAAUAUAAUCAAUAAAGAAGUAUUAGAGAUUGACGAGGAAAGGAAAAUGCAUGAUCUUACGUAUGAACAAAAUGUGAAAUUAGAGAACGCCAAGCUCUCAUUUCGGUGCUAUACGAAGUACGGUCUAGGGAAAACUCAUCUGGAACAGCAUUCCAUCGAUAUUGGAAAUUCAGCUCCUAAGAAGAUGAGAUAUUACCCAGUGAGUCCCGCAGUACAAAAACUCAUGUACGACGAGUUAGACCGUAUGCUGGAACUGGAUGUAAUCGAGAUAGCACGAAAUGCAGAAUGGAACAACAGAGUUACCCUGGUCAUAAAACCCAAUAAAAACAGGUUAUGUUUGGACGCAAGGGAACUCAAUAAAGUGACGCGUAAAGAUGCAUAUCCUUUGCCUAAUAUCGAAGGUUUGUUAGCUAGACUCGGAGAUACGCAUUUCAUAUCAGCAAUAGAUCUAAAGGACGCAUUUUGGCAAAUUCCUUUGGAGGAAUUAAGCCGUCCUUUGACAGCAUUCACGGUCCAAGGUAGGCCACAUUACCAGUUUAAGGUCAUGCCUUUCGGAUUGUGCAAUGCUGCGCAAAGGAUGUGCCGCCUGAUGGAUAAAGUGAUUCCUUCAGAGUUGAAAGACCGUGUAUUUGUGUACCUCGACGAUUUAUUGGUGGUAUCCCAAAACUUCGAUGUACAUAUAGAAAUGCUCAAGACUGUAGGAGAUAGACUAACAAACGCUGGCUUAACAAUAAAUAUGGACAAGUCUAAAUUUUGUUAUAAAGAACUUCGAUAUCUUGGUUAUAUUGUUGGAGCAGGCAAGUUAAAACCUGAUCCAGGAAAAAUUGAAGCCAUAAUGAAUAUCAAAUCACCCAAAAACCAGAAAGAUGUUAGGAAAUUUUUAGAUACCUUAAAGAAAUCUCCAAAAUUUAUAAUGACUCCUGAAGCAACAGAAUCUUUUGAAAAAUUAAAAAUAUGUUUAGUGUCUAGUCCAGUAUUAUCCAGUCCCGACUUCUCAAAACCUUUCUUUGUGCAGUGUGACGCAUCGAACGUCGGAGUUGGUGCUGUUCUUUUUCAAAAAGGUGAUGACGAUGGUGAACACCCUAUCGAAUACUUCUCCAAGAAAUUGAACAGUGCCCAACGCAACUAUUCCACUACAGAGAAAGAGUGUCUUGCAGUCAUCUUGGCAAUUGAGCGGUUCAGACAGUAUAUAGAAUUGAUGGACUUUACAGUCAUAACUGACCACUCAAGUCUACAAUGGCUGAUGAGACAGAAAGAUUUGAAUGGACGUCUAGCGCGAUGGAGUUUAAAACUACAAGGCUACAGGUUCACAAUUGAACAUAGAAAGGGAACCAAAAAUGUAGUACCUGACAUGCUCUCACGCUUAGACAUGGAAGAAAUUUCUGUUGACACAACAUCCAUAAUAGACUUUGAUUCAGAGGAAUUCAAGAAUCCAAUCUACCUAAGUCUCAUUGACACAAUCGAGCAAAAUAAAGAUAGACUGCCUGACUUAAAGACAAAUGCCUGUUGCAAAUAUCCAACAAAACCUUUGACACCAAAACACACUAGUUUUCCGAUUGCCUUUGACAUUGGACAACAACAAUGUAAUACAUUUUUAUAUCCUGGCUGA